UGCACAACUUCGAAAUUUUGGUUAAUUAUCAGAGGGGCAUUAGCUUUAUUUAGGCCCUCUUCUUAAUGGUUGAUAAAUAUCUACCAUUGCUCAUCUCAUGCAAAACAACAUUUGUGAAACUAAUAAUCAUAGAUAUUAUUCAUCCAAAAUUCUGCAUUGAUCUGAGAUCAAAAAAUGGAUGAGGGUAAAAAGAGAAUCCUCGUGCUGAGCGUGUCUUCUUUGCUUUUGGUGGCGAUAGUGGUUGGUGUGGUAGUAUGUGUAGUUAACACCAAAGAGGAAAAAACAACGGAGGUGUCAACAUCGACGAAGGCCAUUAAAACGCUUUGUGAGUCCGUGGAUUAUCAAGAUACAUGUGUGGAAGGCCUUUCAUCCAAAGAGUACAACCAAACUGAUGACCCGAAAGAGCUGGUGAAGAUCGGGUUUGCGGUUGCAAUGAAGCAGGUCAAAUCGGCUCUUAAUAAGUCCAGUACAUUGCAAGAACUCGAGCAGGAUCCAAGAUCGAAAGAAGCUCUGAAAACCUGCAGCGAGCUAGCAGAUUCAUCCGUGAGAGACCUUGAGCGAUCAUUCGAAAAAUUUUCAGAUCUUGACAUUGCUGAAUUAAAUGCCAUCCUUGCUGAUUUAAAAGUUUGGAUCAGUGGUGCCAUGACAUCUGAACAGACUUGCUUAGAUGGUUUUCAGAAUACAACCGGAGAAGCCGGAGACAAAAUGAAGGAGGCCUUGAAAGUAGGCAUGCAAAUGACAACCAAUGCCUUGGCCAUGGUUUCUGAAAUUGCAACAGCUUUUGAACAGAUAAAUAAUAAUCAGCAAGCGGCUACUCAACGUCGUCUCCUGUCGUUUAGUGACUGGUUUGAUCCUGCAAUAAGGUUACUCAUCCAAGAUCCGCCAAAAAAAUUCGAGGCAAAUGUCGAUGUUGCACAGGAUGGAAGUGGGAAAUACAAAACAAUUAAUGAGGCCUUAAAGGAGAUACCGAAAUCUGGUAACAAAACAUUUGUGAUACACAUCAAGGAGGGUGUUUAUGAAGAGAAAGUUGAAAUAUUUAGGAACAUGACUAAUGUAUUGAUGAUCGGUGAUGGCCCCAACAAGACGAGGAUCACAGGAAAACUGAACGUGAUCGAUGGAACACCAACUUAUAAGAGCGCAACAGUUGCCAUCGGGGGAGAUAAUUUCAUUGCAAAGGACAUUGGAUUCGAAAAUUCAGCAGGCUCUGAGAAGGAACAAGCCGUGGCUCUUCGUGUAAGCGCGGAUAAAACCAUCUUCUACAAUUGCUGGAUGGAUGGAUAUCAGGACACGCUUUACACGCACACAUACCGGCAAUUUUAUCGUGAUUGUUCAAUAUCAGGGACCAUUGAUUUUGUGUUCGGUGAUGCAGCUGCUGUUUUCCAGAACUGUACGUUUCUAGUGCGUAAGCCCCUGGAAAACCAGAGGAACAUUGUCACAGCACAGGGCAGAAAAAAUGUGAGACAGCCAACUGGACUUGUCCUGCAGAACUGCACCAUAACUGCUGAUUCGUCUCUUCAAGCCGACAAAAGUAAAUUUGAAACGUUUCUUGCUAGACCCUGGAAGGAAUAUUCAAGAACAGUUAUAAUGGAAUCGUUUAUUGAUGACGUGAUCAAGCCUGAAGGAUACUUGCCAUGGAAUGAGACAUUUGCACUUGAAACUCUUUUUUACACCGAGUACAACAACAGAGGUCCUAGUUCUUCGAAAGAUAAAAGGGUUAAAUGGCCUGGCAUUAAGGAGCUAACAACAGAACGGAUCAAGCGUUUCACUGCUGCAAGUUUUAUUGAAGGUGAUACUUGGAUUGCACGGACAAAAGUGCCUUAUGCUUCCGGCCUAAUACAACCACCACCUCAAGAUGAACCAGCAGCCAGUCCUAUAUCGCCAGAGGAAGAUGUAGAUUUCAACCGUACAGAGUCCAAGACACAAAGUGAAUUGCUAGCAGUAUUGAAAACACCACCUUCAUCACCUCAAUCUAGUGGUCCUCCUCCUCCUCCUUCUUCUUCUUCUGGUUCCCCUUCUCCUUCACCCUCAUCUGGUCCCGGAUCUUCUCCAGCUGCAGCUCCCGCAUUCGAUGAUUCUCCUGGUCCUGGGCCAUCUAAUUCAGGACCUGUUUCAGCCCCUGAACUGGAUCCGUUUGAUUUUGGAACAGUUUUUGAUUCUCAACCAAGCCCCCCACCACCUGCAUCCUCUAACUCAAGCUCAGCCUCUAAAGGAGGAAGCCCAUCCCCAUCCCCUGCUUCAAGCUCAGCCUCUAAUGCCACACAUGGAUCUGCCUCAUCCCCCAGCUCAAGCUCAACCUCUAACGCCACGCACGGGUCUGCCUCAUCUCCGGGAUCAAGCCCGACCUCUAACAACACCCAUGGGUCUGCCUCAUCCCCAGGAUCAAGCCCGGCCUCUAACACCACCCAUGGGUCUGCCUCAUCCCCAGGAUCAAGCCUGGCCUCUAACACCACGCAUGGGUCUGCCUCAUCCCCUGGAUCAAGCCCGGCCUCUAACGCCACGCAUGGGCCAGCUGCAUCCUCCCCCAGCUCCAGCACACAUGAUUCUACCUCAUCCCACGCAUCGGGCCCAAGCUCUGCCUCUACCCAUGCACCGGCCUCAAGUCCUGGCUCAGGUUCACAUUAAGUCCUCAAGGCUUAUCAUUUUCGGGCGUUAGCAUGCAAUAUAUAUUUAAUGCUUAUUGAUCACUGUCAAUUUAUAGUUAUGUUGUUUCUUUACUUUUUUACUGACACGACUGAAAUGUAUACAUGAUAUAUAGGUUUUUUUCUUC